AUGAACCACAAGUCUUGCGCAUUGGUUGUCCAGUCCGUUGGAGGCAAGCCCAAGCUCCUCGAAAUCGUUCUAGAUUCGCUGCAGGCCAACGAGGUGAAAGUUCAGAUAUACGCGACCGGCGUUUGCCAUACAGAUUUGGCAUGUAUGGAGGGGCAUAUUCCAGUUCAGUUCCCCAAUGUGUUUGGUCAUGAAGGUGCUGGAGUGGUGCUGGAAAAAGGAAGCGGCGUCACAGAUGUGGAGGUCGGCGAUAAAGUCCUGCUCAGCUACAAUUUCUGUGGUGAAUGCACUCAAUGUAACGCAAAUUCCCCGGCCUACUGCGAAAAGCUGAUGCAGCUCAAUUUCAGCGGGGAGAGACUAGACGGCUCUAGCACGAUGCAUCUGCCCAAUGGAGAACACUUAUCCUCCUAUUUCUUCGGCCAGAGCUCCUUUUCGAAGGUCGCAGUGCUCAGCAAAUCAUCAGUCGUACGUGUUUCGCCGACCACGGAUCUGCAGCUUUUUGCUCCACUGGGAUGUGGAAUGCAAACCGGAGCCGGUGCGAUCUUGAAUACUCUCAAUGUGAGACCGGGAAGUUCAGUGGUGGUUUUCGGAACGGGGUGUGUUGGUCUCGCCGGGGUCAUGGCCGCCAAAAUCCGGGGAGCUCGAAUCAUUGUUGCCGUGGAUCUCCAGCCUGAAAGAUUGGACUUGGCCCGGGAGCUGGGUGCUACCCAUACCUUCCGAGGAGACGAUCCCCACAUCCGAAACCAUAUCACUGAUCUAUGUGGAUCUUCGCGGGGCGCGGAUUUCGCCCUUGAUUGCUCCGGUGCCAUCCCUGUCAUAGAGACGAUGAUUGUGACUCUUGGAAUUCGCGGGAGAGCUGCUAGUGUCGGGGCACCAGCUCCUGGCAAAAAGGUCGAAGGGGAUGUUUUCUCGCAUCUCACAAUGGGUCGUCAAUAUCUGGGUUGUCAUCAGGGUGACAGUGUUGCUAGAGAGAAACAAAAAGAGGGGAAUUUCCCUCUGGAAAAGUUGAUCAAGGUCUAUGAUUUGAAUGACUUCUCGCAGGCAUUUCAUGACAUGAAAGAGGGCCUGGUCUUGAAACCUGUGUUGCGAUGGACUUCAUAG